AUGAGAUUUCUUGUUUCUUUUCUCUUAUUCUUGGUAUCAGUUUCAGCUGCUCCAUUUUAUAGAAGGAUUGACUUAGUUUCUCCUGCUAAUGAUUCAUUCUAUUUUCCACCAAGCGGUUACGAAUCGAGCACAGUUGGUACUAUUCUUAAGACUAGACAAAUUGAUAAUCCAUUCACAGCACUGAUAAUACCACAGAAAAUCAAGGGAGUAUAUCAAUUUUUGGUCCGUUCAGAAGAUACAUUUGGUAACGCUAAUGCUAUUGUCACCACUCUUUUUGUUCCUUCAAAUGCCGAUGGAAAAAAGAUCCUCUCAUAUCAAAUCGCUGAAGACUCAGCAAAUAUUGAUUCUGCUCCUUCUUAUACCUUACGAGAGACUUCAGACUCAAAUUUGCAAGCUGAUGAAAUAAUGAUGCAAGCGUGUAUCAAUCAGGGUUGGUAUGUCGUAGUACCUGAUUAUGAAGGUCCAAAGUCUGCUUUUGGAGCUGGGAUACAAGCAGGAAGGGCCACAUUGAAUUCAAUGAGAGCAGUUUUAAACUCAGGGAGUACAUACGGCAUAAGCUCAGAUGCCAAAGUCGCAUACUGGGGGUAUUCCGGUGGAUCAAUUGCAACUGGAUGGGCCUCAUUGUUGGAACCAUCGUACGCUCCUGAACUUAAGAAAAACACUGCCGGAUAUGCAAUGGGAGGAGUCGUUGCUAACAUCCAACAUACUGCCGAAGCGAACAUGGGAAAUAUUGGUGCAGGUUUGAUCAUAACUGCAAUCAAUGGAUUAAGUCAAGAGUACCCUGAUUUGCUUGAAUUCGUAGAUGAAAACGUUUAUGCAGAUAAAUUAAAAGCCUUCACCUCACCCCUCACCGAUGAUCCAGCGAGCUUUCUCUUUGCAACCUGGGCGGAAUACUUCAAAACAGGAACAUCUACAUUGCUGAAUCCAGUAGUAACCGCAAUCACCACUGCUAACAGUAUGGUAAGCUCAUCAUACAUUCCAACCGCUCCUUUAUUUAUGUACAAUUCAAUUAUUGACGAAAUCAUUCCGGCCAGCGACGCAACUACUCUUUACACUAAUCUCUGUAAAGGUGGAGCAUCGAUUUCCUACAAACAAGAUCUUGUGUUCGGACAUAUAGUGGAAAGUAUCGUUGGAUCGGCUGAUGCAUUUGUUUGGUUGCAAGCACGAUUUGCUGGGACAGCUCAAACCGGCUGCACAAAGCAAUUCUCACUCUCCAAUGCUCUCAACUUGCAAGCUUUAAUUGGAUUCGGUGAGAUAUUUGCAGAGCCACUUCUUACUCUACUCCUACUGGGAAAAAUGAGUAGUGUUUUUUAA